AUGCAGGAUAGGAAUGCCGAACAUCUCGAAACCCGACUCGACGCUCUGGUCGUAGGCUGCGGGUUUGGCGGCAUCUACGCGUCCUAUUCAUUGCGCAAGCUGGGUUUAAAUUUUGCCUGUGUGGACAAUGCCGGUGAUGUCGGCGGAACAUGGUAUUGGAAUCGAUAUCCGGGGGCGAUGAGCGAUACUCACAGCCAUCUAUACCGGUUUUCUUUCGACGAGGAGGACUACAAGGAGUAUCCAUUCAGCCAUAAUUACGUCUAUCAGGCGGAGAUCCUCGGUUACCUGCAGCAUGUCGUGGCUCGGCACGACCUCCGGAGACACAUGCAAUUCAACACGGAAAUGCGUUCGGCCGUCUUUGACGAAAAGCUCAACAUAUGGCGUGUGACCAUGAGCACUGGUCAGAUCUUCGUCGUGCGAUAUCUUAUCUCAGCUAUGGGUCUAUUGUCACAGCCUAUAUAUCCCGAUAUUCCUGGGCUACACGACUUCAAAGGUACAAUUGUCCAUACCGCCACAUGGCAGGAGGAUCUUGAUCUUCGGGGUAAACGAGUAGCCCUGAUUGGCACGGGAUCGACAGGUGUUCAGAUUACCACGAGUAUCGCACCGCACGUGAGUUCCCUAACGUGCUUCGUCCGACACCCCCAGUACGUCGUGCCCGCCGGAUAUCGAGAGUUCGAGGCUGAGAAACGGCGAGAUAUUAAUACUCACUUCUCCGAGUUCUGGGACAAAGUUCGUAAGUCUGUCGUUGCUUUUGGUUUUCAGGAGAGCACGCGAUCCUUCGCAUCCGCAACUCCGGAGGAGCGGGAAACAGUCUUCGAGGAGCUCUGGGCCGAGGGCAACGGAUUUUGGUUCAUGCUAGGCGGCUUUAAUGACCUCACGACAAACCUCGAGGCUAACGAGUUUGCGGCCGACUUUGUACGACGUAAGAUCCGUAUGAUCGUCCAAGAUCCGGACAAGGCCCGCAUUCUCUCACCUUAUGACCACUACGCACGGAGGCCUAUUUGCGGCAACUUUUACUACGAGCAGUUUAGUCGAGAUAAUGUGCACUUAGUCGACGUCAAGGAGGACCCAAUUACUGCCGUCACGAGCCGAGGUAUCACUACAAGCGACGAUAUCGAGCGUGAGUUUGACGUUAUUAUUCUCGCCACUGGCUUUGAUGCCCUUGACGGAAACUAUACGCGCCUACAUAUCGUAGGACGCUGCGGCGAGUCGAUUCAGGAACACUGGUCCGAGGCUAUCACUAGCUACUGCGGCGUCAUGCUAUCCGGGUUCCCUAAUAUGUUUAUGAUUCUUGGUCCGCAAUCGCCUUUCGCCAACAACCCACCCGUUAUCGAGAGCCAAGUGGAUCUAAUUAUAGCCGCGAUACAAAGAUCCGAAGCUCUACGUAGUAAUUCCGGACACGCCGGUGUUGUCGAAGUCACCCCAGAAGCCGAGUCCAGUUGGGCUCGACGCUGUGAAGACGUAGCCGAAGGCAGCCUUUUCAAGAAGACAUCGUCCUGGAUCUUUGGCGGGAACGUGCCGGGUAAGGUCUUUGCCACACGCUUCUUUUUCCCCGGUCUAGGCCCCUUUCGCGAGUUUGUUGAAUCCUCAAUUUGGCAGGACUGGCAGGGGAUUUCAUUUUUAUAG